AUGAAUUUGCUUGACCACAGAGUCACCUCGGAGUUCCUCCCAGACUCCGACCAUUCCGACUACCUGGUCGCCGGAUUUCAAGACAUCCAGUCAGUCUGUCAGACGAGCGUGGGACCUUUGGCAUCGCGUGUUGUUCCGUUGUACCCCUAUGCUACCGAGCUCUACGACACAGCUCCUGGACCGACCAGUACCUCGGAAGUCGACACUGCCCCUUGGAUCCCUGGGCCUGAUGACCAUCCUAAUUUCAACGUCAAGCCUCCAGAAGAGUUGCUUGACAAGAAUGAUGCGGAACCUCUGCCUGAUCAGGAACCCUUUGUGCCACCCCCUGCACAGCACGUUCUGUCGACGUCCGAUCCUCCAGCAGGGAGGGCGUCGAUGCCUGCAACGUGCUGGUACAACGUGGCCUUCCUUCGACUAUGUCCCGUCACUGUUACGCAACUUAUUCUGACUGGAAACCAGUACAUCUGUAUUUCGCGACCCGGUAGUUCCUGGGUCAGGCACCCUGAUGAGGAUCUGCCCGAGAACAGUAAUGGGUCGAUUCCAGGUGGGCCUGGCAGCACUGAACAUCUCCCAAUCAUUGAUGAUCCUGCUGACGUCCCAACGGGCCGCGUCCAAGAAGGCAUCGCGGCCGAUUGUAGCCGUUACAUCAAGGCCGAAAUUACCACAGCAUCGUGCUGGAAGAUUGCAAACGAAGCUCAGAGCCGAUUUUUCGAGUCAAUUCCGGUUCUCGGUGCAAGUGGAGAGCAUUGCGCCUCGCAAAUCUUGUUUGGCUAUUACUGCUGCGUCGGGACCGAAGGAGACAGCACCGGUACCCCGAACCCCACGAUUACGCAAAGCGCUCCCGCGGCGACCUCAACAUCUCCAUCUGUGCUCAAGCCGGCGCCACAGCGCGAAGGAACUAUUUCCACAUGCAAGAAGUGGCUUCAGGCCGUUUUGGGCAGUUGGUGCUGGCAGCUCGCCACGGAUGCGGGCAUCGAUACCUCGCUCUUUUACCAGUACAACCCCGUCCUCAGUGUUGACGCACCGCCAGCAAAGCCGACAGCGACGCAAGCCGGAAUUCCCGCGAACUGCUGCAAGUUCGUCGAGGCUCUGGCUGGAUCAUCUUGCUGGCAGCUUGCGAACGAUGACGGGAUUGACAUGUCGGUGCUGUUUGCCUUGAACCCGGUACUCGGGUCUCAGGGGGAGAACUGCGGCACGCAAAUAUGGCCAAACUACUUUUAUUGCAUUGCGACGAAUUGA